UUUCUAAUCCUUUCUCGUCGGGUCCUUCGUCGUAUCCCAUCUCCUUUCCUCAAGUCUCAGUCCCAACCUUCACCCUCUCAGUGCAGCUGCCACCACCAUAACUAUUCCAUGGCCACUGAAGACACCUCUUGCCACCUCAAAAUCAUAGCCGGAGCCGAAUCCUUCGGCUGCGCCCUCAAAGACACCCUCGUUGCCCACCUCCGUUCCCUUAACCUCGACGUCGAAGACCUCGGCACUGACAAAUAUUACACCGCCGGUGAAGAAGUCGGACGCCGUGUCAGCUCCGCCGCUAACACCAACUCCUCCGUCGAGAUCCGAGGCCUUGUGGCCUGCGGCACCGGAGUCGGCGUCGCCAUGUUCGCCAACAAGUUCCCCGGCGUUUACGCCGCCACCUGCCUCACCCCCUCUGAUGCCCUCAAUGCUCGAUCCAUCAGCAACUGCAACGUCCUCGCCGUCUCCGGUAUGUUCACCUCGCCGGACUCCGCCAUCGAAAUUCUCGACACCUGGCUCAACACCCCCUUCAAAUCCCCUUGCCCCGCUUCAGGUUCCAAACUUUGGCCCCCAGAAAUCAACGAUUUCUUGGACAAUUCAAUCCAUGAAAUGUCAAAAAUUGGAGUAGAAAGUAACAAAGAAAAUGAGAGGGAUGAAGAGAAUUCUAUUGACCCUUGCUUUCUCUGUUGCUUGGCGAAAAAUAGAGAGUUCACUCCAAUCGAAAUCAUGCCUGGUGGGCAUAUGAAUGUGAUUAGAGAUACACCCACCUCGGCAAUUGUGAGGUUUGAGGCUGGGAGUGUUGAACCGGCGCAUCAUCAUACGUUUGGGCAUGAUUUGGUGGUGUUGAAGGGGAGCAAGAGGGUGUGGAAUUUGAGCAAAGGGGAGAAGUAUGAUCUAGGUGUGGGGGAUUACUUGUUUACUCCUGCUGGGGAUGUUCAUAGAGUGAAGUAUUUUGAAGAAACGGAGUUUUUUAUCAAGUGGGAUGGGCAUUGGGAUUUGCUCUUGGAUGAGGAUCUUGCUACUGCCAAUGCUGCGAUUGAGAAAGCGAAAUGAGUUGUGGGUCCGUGUGAAAUUGCGGGAGAAGUGUGGGGAACGCUGACAAGUUUUGAUGUGAAAAUUUGACAAUUAGUAUGAUAUAAAGUUUGAUGGAUGGAGUGGUUGGGCACUUUGGUGAAAUAAUGCUCAAUAUCGUCAUGAAAGUACACAAGUUGAUAAAAUAAGAAGAAGAAGAAGAAGAAGAAGAAGAAGAAAAACGAGAUAGAAGAAGUGGUGUGUGACACCCUUGUAAGGGGUUUAAGCAGCAUCUGUGAAAAAUACUUCUGCGUUUGUUGGGCCUUUUGGGUUGCCGUGAUUUUAGGUUUGAUUGAGUGAAUGGUUUGGUGUUGUAAUUAAAGGGCUACAGAGUGAAAUACAAGAGCUGGUCACAACUUAAAAAUACAAUAUUUAGAGAGAUAAGAGACUAAUUAUUAUUACUUUGGGUUGGAAUAUUACAAUCUGCCCUCUUUAAAAAAAAAUU